GGCACCCUGGGGUGGGGUGGGGGUGGGGUGCUUGUUCCCUCCUAACUGGCUUUCUCUUUCAUUUCCUUCUGACCUGAGGGAGCCUCUUGCCCUGGGACCAAGGGCCCACUUAAACCUGUUGUGACUCUUGUGAAGACUCAUAAAACUGGAGGCAGCAGGGUCUGAAACCAUUUCAGGGAGGCCUGAGGAUGGAGGCAAUGGCAGCUGGCACCUCUCUGCCUGACCUUAGCGACUUUGACCGGAAUGUGCCCCGCAUCUGUGGGGUAUGCGGAGACCGAGCCACAGGCUUUCACUUCAACGCCAUGACCUGUGAAGGCUGCAAAGGCUUCUUCAGGCGAAGCAUGAAGCGGAAGGCGCUGUUUACCUGUCCCUUCAGUGGGGACUGCCGCAUCACGAAGGACAACCGCCGCCACUGCCAGGCCUGCCGGCUCAAGCGCUGUGUGGACAUCGGCAUGAUGAAGGAGUUCAUCCUGACAGAUGAGGAGGUCCAGCGCAAGCGGGAGAUGAUCCUGAAGCGGAAGGAGGAGGAGGCCCUGAAGGACAGUCUGCGGCCCAAGCUGUCCGAGGAGCAGCAGCACAUCAUUGCUGUCCUGUUGGACGCCCACCACAAGACCUACGACCCCACCUAUGCCGACUUCAGUCAGUUCCGGCCUCCAGUUCGUGGGGAUGAGGCUGCAGGGGGCCAUUCCUCAAGGCCCUCCUCCAGACACAUGCCCAGCUUCUCUGGGGACUCGUCCUCCUCCUGCUCAGAUCACUACAACGCCUCUCUAGACAUGAUAGAGCCAUGCAGUUUCUCCAACCUGGAUCUGAGUGAAGAAGAGUCGGAUGACCCUUCUGUGACCCUGGGCCUGUCCCAGCUCUCCAUGCUGCCCCACCUGGCUGACCUGGUCAGUUACAGCAUCCAAAAGGUCAUUGGCUUUGCCAAAAUGAUUCCAGGCUUCAGAGACCUCACCUCUGAGGACCAGAUUGUGCUCCUGAAGUCAAGUGCCAUUGAAGUCAUCAUGUUGCGCUCCAACCAGUCCUUCACCAUGGAUGACAUGUCCUGGACCUGUGGUAACCAGGACUAUAAAUACUGCAUCAAUGACGUGGCCAAAGCUGGACACACCCUGGAGCUGAUUGAGCCUCUCAUCAAGUUCCAGGUGGGGCUGAAGAAGCUGGACUUGCAUGAGGAGGAGCACGUCCUUCUCAUGGCCAUCUGCAUUGUCUCCCCAGACCGCCCUGGGGUACAGGACGCCAACCUGGUGGAAGCCAUCCAGGACCGCCUGUCCAACACGCUGCAGACCUACAUCCGCUGCCGUCACCCGCCCCCGGGCAGCCACCUGCUCUACGCCAAGAUGAUCCAGAAGCUGGCUGACCUGCGGAGCCUCAAUGAGGAGCACUCCAAGCAGUACCGCUGCCUGUCCUUCCAGCCUGAGUGCAGCCUGAAGCUCACCCCCUUGGUGCUCGAGGUGUUUGGCAAUGAGAUUUCCUGACUGGGGCCCCGGCGAUGGUGCCUGUGCGGGGUUGGCCGCCAGAGCUCAGCCCGUCCUCCUCCACCCACCUCUCUACCCAGCCACCCUCUCUCCUGCCCAACCUAACACCAGGUCGCCCUUUCCUGCAGGCCACAGGCUGCCGCCCAGUCCCUUGAGACUUCAGUCAUGAGGAGUUGUUGUCUAUUGACAAAGAAACUGGUGUGGAGGCAGGGGGCAAAGGGCAGAGGCCAAAGGCUGGACCUCCAGAAGUGGCUGCUGGCUGGUGCGCAGGGAACAGGCAGGCAGGAGAAACACACUCACUCCUCAGGGACAGAUAUACCUGUACCUCGGCCUACUGCAGACCCAGCCGUGCAGGCCUGGUGGGGAUCUCCAUUCUCCUGCCCAACCCGUGAGAAAUAACUGGCCACCCUCCCACCCCCACCUCAUCUUGCCCCCAGCCUGUGCCGUUCUGUCCCCGGGCAGCGGUCACCAUGGGGCCCCUUCCCCCUGCCCCCACCCCCUGCCUGGCUAGGGCUCUGAGGCCACAGGUCCCUCCUCCCCAGGCCCCACUUGCCAAGAGACGCUGACCUUCUUUCCAUCACUCUGGUAACAUUCUCCCUGGAUGCAGCUGUGGUGAGGGGCUUUCUCCCCAGGGUGGGGGCUGCUGGCCCAGAGCCCACCUGCUGAGAGGCCAAGGAAGGAAGGAAGCAGGGGCCAGUCCGUGGGGGCCGGGCAAACCCAGCCUCACGGAAGAGCGGCAGAGGGCGGCUGGAGCAGCCCCGCCGCCAAGCCCACAGCCCCUCAGCCUGAGCUCGGGCUGGCUGAGGGGAGAGCUUUCCCUCCAGCCACCACACGGCAGAACUGAGUCGCCUCCGGGUCAUAGGGGAAAGUCCUGAUUCCUGGCUCCUGCCCUGCCUUACCUCCCAUCCAGGAGGGAGAACCCGGGGCAGACUCCAGAGUCCUCGGGCGGCGGCCUCGCCCUAGGAUGGCCGCGGGUGAUCUGGAGGCGGGCCUGUGUCUCCCGCCCGGCACCCCACGUCUGCAGAAGCACUGCCCAUUCUGCCCCGCCAGGACCACAUCACUGCCUGGCAGGGAGGCUUGGAGGAGAGGGCUUUCAGGCCGGAGCAGCCUGCCUCCGUGUAGUUCCUGAGGGUCACUCCCCUGAGAUGCAGGAGCUCGAGCACCAACACGGCAGCGUGGGGGUGGAGGGAGAGCAGGCUGGCCUGCAGCCGCUGGUCAGAGCAAGUGCCCGGGCAGGAGUCGUGUGGGGCUGCUUCCUCCUUCGUUCUCACUCCACCCCCCCGGAGUCAGAAGGGGCCUUUCGCUCUGUAGCCAGUCCAGCUGAGAAGGUGAGGACUCCUGUUCCCUUUGCCUUGGUGAGAGAGUCACGGGCAUGUGGGGCCAGCACAGGGGGCUCUCCCAGGAGUCAUAGAGGGGCCACCUGGUCACUGCUUGAGUUUGGGGACUGCAGCCAUGUCUGACAUCUCAACAGGGAGGACUUGGUGUCAGCUGCCUCUGCCUGCUUCUGUUCCCUGAGAACCCCGGGAGCAGCCUGACUUAGCACCGAGAGAACCACCAGGCAGCCCCUGCCCGGUGCUCCUCCAGGCGGGAAGGCCUCUGACAGCCAGCUCCUUGCUGCAGAAUGCCGACUACGGCUCACCUUGCUUUUUUGAUGUGUUCUCAGAAUCAGACUCCAUUCUGUACUAUGUUCUGAUAUAGCGGAUAGCAGGAACCACCGAUGAAGGGAUACUUAUGGGGGCAACUUCCUAUGUAUUAUUGUUGCUAUUUUACAAAGAGGCCCUUGUUUCAUUUUACCUGCAGAACACAUUGGUCCAGCUUGCUAGUCAGUGAGAAAGGCUUGAAAAAACACAAAACUACAUCAACCCCCUUAUUAAAGAAAACUGAUGCUCAGAGGAGGACAUGACUCAAGCAAGCUAGUGUUAACUAGUUAGAAGCAGUGCCAGGACGGGCCAGUCUUGCUCUUGUCACUACACCACGUUGGCACUCAGACCCCUCUGACACUCUCCUUGUCCCCUGGGAGAAUCUCUGCUUUUUAGAGCAUAUCUAGGUCCCAGACCCCUGCUUGCCUUUGCUGAGCUGUCACCCCAUGGACCCAUCGGGAGGAGGAGGGGGCACCUCAGCCUGGCUCAUGAUGUGUGUCUCAGCCCACCCCCACUGUGGCCCUGGCUGGGUGGGGUCCCCGCCUCAGCCCUGUGGUACGCUGUUGCCUUAUCACUAAAGUGCAUCUGUCUGUGGCACAUCUCCACCUUCCCGCCACCGCCUUUCCCUGCCUUCUCCAGGGAGCCCAAAUGGACACCCCAGGAGCAGCAGUUUCUCAACCCCGGGCCACAGCAACCCAGCCCACUCCCUAAGGGCAGUUGUAGGAGCCAGGAGGAAAAGUGGGCAUUCAGGGGCUGAAGUAGGGGAAGGUAUUAUCACCUGUUCUCUCCUCAUGGGAGAAUGCAAAGGUAGAUGUUUAGAAGUCUACAACUUUUAAAGUAUAUUGUUGGAAACCCACAAAAGUGUGCACCCAAAUGCCAAAGAAACAAGAUUCUAGGAGAUAGGAAAAUCUUUACAUGGGCCAACUGGAAGCAAGUCAGAGAAUCUAAGUGAGGCCAGCAGAGAAGACUGGGAUGUAAGUCGUGAACUGGUGAAAGCUGGGAAUAAAGCAGCAAAGGAAGGCUGUAAAGAGUGCCCCCUGAAUGGUUUCCAAAGAGAAAAAACUGCCAAAAAUUUGUCAAGUAAAAAAAUUGAAGAAAGCUUUGUUUAUGAUAAUAUAAAUGGCUUAUACUCACAUAGCACUAAUGUUGUGGAAGUACUACUGUAAAUAAAUGCAAACCAACUUGCUUCAUCCUUUA